AUGUCCCUGCCCAUGCCCAUGCCCAGACCGCUAACUCGACCGAGCCCAAGCAGCGCCGGGACGCUCCUCUCCACCGUGAUGCUCCUCGCCAUCAUCGUCACCACGACGUGUCAGCUGCGGACGGGCGUCGCCCACGACAUCGUGCGCCCGCUCUCCAACGUCGCCGAGAUCCCUGCCUCGCCUGCCAGGAGCGGCGUCGAGCUCCUCGCUGGGCAGAUGGCAGGCGAGGCCGUCACGGCCAUGAUCGUGGUUGCCGACGCCGGCGACAACCCGCUGGCGGACCGCCGCGAGGACCGGGAGGCGGCGGCGGCGCGGGAGAAGAAGGCGAAGGUGGCGAAGCUCAACUCGCAGACGGCGAACGCGAUGGAGCCCUCCUUCAGCCGCCCGCUCGGUGCCAAACCAAAGGCGCGCACGACACCCGACGCGGCCGCCAAGCAGCUUGCCAAGGUCGCGCUGGGCUCAGCCUCGAGCAAGGCUGCCGCCUCGAGCAAGGCUUCCGCGCCGCCUGCUGCAGCUCCCUCACGCGCGCCUGCAGCUUCGGCCUCGCGGCCGAUCGAGCAGUAUCCGACGGGCGUCGUCGGGGUGAGCUCCGAGUUCUCGAGCAGCGACAACUCCGCGCGGCAGCUGCUCGGCCGCCCGGCCGUGUAUCCCAAGGCUGGCUCCAGCGUCCGAGCGUGGUCGCCCGUCCCUCGCGAGGGGGAGGACCGCGAGUGGGUGCGGCUGCUCUUCCGCACCGCCGUGGAGCCCUCCUCGGUCACCGUGUACCAGUCCUUCAACCCGGGCUCCCUCGUCGAGGUUCGCGCGGCGACCGAGGUCGGCGGUGAGGGCGGCGAGGCGUCGGACUGGGCGACCAUCUGGCGGGGAGAGAGGUACAACACCGACCCACACCGGCAGCCGAGCGACGCGCUCGAGCUCAAGGUCUCUCCCGGCACGCUUCCCGUCCGCGCGAUUGAGCUGGUGCUCGACACGACAGGCUGGUCCGACGCCUUUUGGAGCGAGCCCCCGCCUCCGAGCGAGAUCGACUCCGUGCGGCUGGUUGGCACGCCCGCCUCGCUCUCUCCGCCGCCGCCCCACCCCUUCGUGACGCUCCAGCCGAGCGAGACGGAGUCAGCCUUUGCGGAGAGCGCUCGGUGGGCGGCCCUCUCGAUGGUCUGGGCCAACAGCCGUCGCCUCGGCUGUCGCUACCCGGCGAAGGUGGAGAGGAGCGCCGGGCUCAAGGGGCGUCCGAUCGCGGCGAGCGGCGCGGCGCUAGACGGCGAGAUGCGCAUGCGCGGGGCAAAGUGA